AUGUCAUCUGAAUAUUUAAGCCCAAGUUAUCCACCGGAUUCAUUUCGCGUCAGACGGAAACCCGUGUCAAACCCGAACUUGCGUGCUACGGCGCAUGCCGAUCAGCGGGAAGCAACAGCCUGGGCUGCCAGUACCCCAUCUCUUGUGCCCCCAUUACAGCCCCCGUCAUAUACGGACCUUUAUGGACCGCCGCCUCCUAGGCCUAUAAGUCCAGGCUCACUGCCGCGACCAAGGACAGCGGGGCCAACUUCAUCCUCGACUCCCCCGCCGCCGACGCCUGUUCAAAAGGCAUACAGCGAAGCGCGGCAUUUCCUCACCGGUCUAAUCAAUCGUCCGACAGAAUCAAACAAGCAUGUCACUAUUUUGCGACAUUCCCAUGGACUAGUUUUCUACCGUGGACCGACUACAUCGGUCGCUAUAUCAAUCUUCUCUGAUGCCCCCUUACCACCUGAACACACCUUGUGGUUGCAGAGCAAAGGUUGGAGCGGGAAGACCGGGAUGCAAUUCAAGUCGUUUCUCCGUCUCCGGGAUAGCUGGCUAGACGUGACCCCGGGUAUGCCAUUGAGGGCUGACCAGGUGACUCCAGAUGAUGAACGAGCUUGGCAACGCGACAUCAAGAAAUUUCGGAAGAAGGCCCCGCCUCGUCCACGCGAUACACAUCAGCUACGUGAGACUGCCGUUGUGCGGAUUCCCGCUGAAGCCGGCGAUGGGUAUUUUCAGCUAGUUCUCUGCCAAGGAAUUAAGAAAAAGGUGCUGGGCAAUAGCCCCGUCUUCCGGGUGCUCUCUACAUCCACUGCCCCCAGCUCUAUCCGUGGCGCGAGCUUGAGCACGCUGCCCCUGGAGGUUGGGGCUAUGAUUGUGAGCCUUUAUGCUCAAACUGCAGCGCGAACCGCGGCAGGUCCUGCUGCGAUGGCCAUUCAAGCCAAAGCUGCCCCGUUUCAAGCCAAAGCUGCUGCGGUUCGUCCAUCGUGGGUGACAAAGACUGCGGUUCAGAAGGCUUACACUACUAGUGGCAUCGAAAACCGCGUGGGCGGUAUUAUCAAUGGCCCCAAAGGUCCUAUUGGGAGUCCUCAGAUAAAUGUAGUAGCGCCAGAAAUAGCUGGAAGCGGCCCGGUCUCUAUCGAUGUCGGUCCUCAACCACCAUUCCCUAUGACAUUCAAAGCUCGCUGUCAAACGGAUCAAAUUCCAGACCUCAGCAACUCUGACGAUAUACCGAAGUUAAGCUUGAUCAGAAUGCCCGACUGGGUAACAGAGCAGUUAAGGGGCUACUUCUUCGGCUGGGCUCGAUUCGACUCCGGGCCGAGCAAAGGUUCCUCGACUGGUGAAUGGUGCCCAGCUAUCUUGUCCGUGCGAGCAUUAGAUCCCCUCCAGGCGGUGAGAGUGAACCUGGCUCAAAUAUCGAAACGCGUGGUUGCAAUUCGCCUGCUCGAGGAUGUUUCUCUCCCAACAAGCAAAAUCGAGAUUCGGGUUCUGGGAUACCUUCGCGCUGAAAUCCCACCACCCACCGGGACCACGAGUAAAGAACUUGCAGAGGCGCAAGCGGCAGCUGCAGAGGCGGCUUUGCUCGCUGAUGUAUAUGACGCAUCUGUUGUACAGGAUACUCUGGCUCAUCCCGCAUGGGUCGCAGAACACCCGGCGACCUCGGACCUUCAACAAAACUCGAGUUGGAUCGAUCGCACAGUCGAGGGGUAUACCAACAUCGUCACCCGUGGACAGAAGUUGGUAGAGCAAGUUCCAUUGCACCUGGUUGGUAUUCGCUCUGUUACCGAUGAGCUCAGAGAGAGCCAAGUUGCUGUAAACGGGUUUUAUAUAGUCCGCUAA